GAGGGAUGGGGAUUAAUGAUGGGAGACGCCCAGAGCUGCCUGAUGUCAGAGCUGCGAUGGCUCUGCAGGCAGGUAUAUAAGAGGUGGAGUUUCAGGCUCCCAAAUGAAGGUGGAAAGAUUGCAAAGAGGACGCAGGCUCGAAAUUGUUUUCUGCCCUUUCUCGCUAACGUAGCCCGGACCCGAUUUCUUGGAUCUCUCAAAGGCAGCCGGAGAAGAGAAAUGUGCGACUUGAAGCUGAGGCUGGUCUUCGUUGUAUUCUCUGUCGCUCUCAGUUCACUGGAUGCCACCCAAGUUGAGAGACUCUUGUCUCUGACCGCUGAUCACUCUGAUGGAACUUCCGAUAGACAGGGAUGGAUGUUACCAAUCCUCUCCAGAAACGCACUUUUGGGAGUAAGGGAGGCCCCUCCAGAACAAGACGCAACCAGAGCCAAAAGUCAUCACCUGGAGAAGCGGAAAUGCAGCGUGGCCACGUGUAUGACCAACCGCCUGGCCAACCUGCUAGCCAACUCCGUGGCCAGCAAAAACCGCUCCCCGACGGAUGUGGGCUCCUCCACCUUCGGCAAGAGGGCCAGAGCCGGCCCGCUCAGCAGAGACGGCCUCCAUCAGCUGGCUCUCUAAGGGAGCGAACCCCGCCCCAGUCCUGACCCCAAGAGACCCUCCCCUGGUUUAUGUAUAAAUUUUCUUCCUCUCAUUUCCUCUCUAUUCCAAACGAUGCCUUUCUCUGCGUGUGUGGGUGGGUCUGUGUGCGGGUGUAAUAAUAAUAAUGAUGAUGAUGAUGAUGAUGGUAUUUGU